GCCAUGUCAGCAGAGAUGCCGACCUUCACCAUCAUUCAAGCGGACGGGCUUUAUCCAGACGACUCGAUCGAACAGCAAAUCUUCGCUCCUCGUCCUGGUCAGCAAUACAAGCUCGAGUUUGUAUCGACCGGGCUGUGGCCCACAGGAACGCCAGAGUCCCAGCCAUGGUCUGCCAUACCGGAAGACCUUCGCAAGAGGAUAGAUGGCAUUAUGGUGCUGAAGAUAGGAUUCAACGAGUCUGAUCUGGCCCUGUUCCCGAAGCUGAAGGUUAUCGUUCGAAUGGGUGUGGGCUACGACCGGCUUGAUCGAUCUGCUCUGGCCAGCAGAGGGGUCACCGUAUGCAACGUACCAGAUUAUGGUACUGCAGAAAUCGCAGAUCACGCUAUCGGCUUGAUGUUGUCGAUGCGGCGAGGCAUACUUCUUCACAAUGAGAGACAGCGAGCCAGCCCGCCCGAUCCCUGGAUGCCGAUUGAAACGCCCUUGGUGGCACGCCUACAGCGAUCGACCUUUGGCGUAUUUGGUCUCGGACGCAUUGGAACUGCUACUGCACUGCGAGCAAAAGCGUUCGGGUUUAAAGUACUAUUCUACGACCCGUACUUGGCCAAUGGCGUGGACAAGAGCUUGGAUAUCGAACGUACAAAGGACAUCAAGGAGCUCUUUCGCAGAAGCAACGUGCUGAGCUUGCAUAGCCCAUGCACAAGGGAGACUCGCAACUCCAUAGACUAUGAGCUGCUAUCGCUGCUUCCCAAGGGCGCUGUCCUCGUGAAUACAUCGCGAGGAGAGGUAUUGAACCUCGACGGCGUGGAACGUUGUCUGAAGGAGGACAUCAUAUCUGGUGCUGCACUGGAUGUCUUGCCAGAAGAGCCCAUACCCGAAGACCGGGUUCACUCUUUGAUACAGGCGUACCGCAAUAAGGAGCCAUGGUUAGAAGGCAGGAUGGUGCUGACAUGCCAUACGGCUUUUUACAGCCCCGAAAGCUUUGUUGACAUCAGGAUCAAAAGCUGUGAGACCUUGAGAGAUGUGCUGAUAGAUGGCGGCAGAAGCAAUAUCAUCACUCCUGAAAUGGAGUAGUAGGUCAUAGCAUACCUGUAUAUGCCUUCUAUCAAAUGCUUGAAAGGCUAAAGCGGCAACGAGUCCAUCCAUCUACAGACACAUCACACUUACCUCCUAGGUACAAUAAUUACGAAGAAUAUCUUUAUAAAUAUCUAUACCGCAAAAAUGGCAGCCUCAGCUUUCGAUCUGACCCGCAACUAUUCGUUGUACACCAUCCCCGCCGCCUGGGUGCUGAGCAUUGCGCCGCACUUUUAUGCUGCAAGUCUCGGAAAGUUUGACAACAAGAGCCCUCGAGCGUACACGAAGGAGUCGCAUGCCGAUCAGAGUAUCGACAAAGCCACAAAAGAACGUAUCGUGCGUGCCGAGGGCGCUCAACAGAAUGGCUUUGAGAACAUCGGUCUCUUCGCUGCCGCGGUCGUUGCGGGGAACAUGGCCAGACUGGACAAUUGGACGCUGAAUGCUCUGACUGGUGGCUACCUCGCCAGCCGGGUCGCGUACAACUUGUUGUACAUUAAUAACACGACGGAUGCGCUUGCGAAUGCCCGCUCAGUGUCAUUCCUGACGGGCGUGGGACUGAUCUGGACGUUGUUUAUCAAGAGUGGCAACGUCCUGCGUGGUCAGUUGUAGUCUCUGAGAUGAGUCCUACAAGUCCGCAGGCUGUCUCAGCAAUAGGAGCAGCAGCAGCAGCAGGAGUAGGAGGGUAGUAAUAACGGGCUAGCUGUACGAUAUGAUGUUGUUACUGUAAGACGCCGACAAUGGAAGAUGUUUGUGAACC